AUGGCCGCGUCCAAGUCGUUUUUUCUGCUGUUCUCGCUGCUGUACUGUGGCCGUUGGAUCGUGGCAGAGGUGUCGAGCCUCGAUCACCCUGUGGAGAAACGCAGCGUCGGUCUCACGUAUCCCGCGCCACCGACUCUACUGCUGAUCUUCGGCCUGGGCACCCCCCUGCAACUGGAGCGCGAGGCCACGAUCGUCGGCGCGUUCGCCAAGUUCAUCUACAAUCUGCCGAUCGACGCGAGCAAUUACACGAGGCCCUUUGAUCAGCAGCCAAAGACCAGAAGCCGCUGGGCCCUGUACCGUGCGCUGGGCCAGCUGCUGGAGCUGCGCGGACUGCCCGAGGGCCGUGCCUGCGUGCUGCGCAGCAUCUGCGAGGCGGCCCACGGACCGUUCGCCCGGGCGGCCGGCGGACUGCUCCAGCCCCUGCUUCAGACCCUGCUCACACCGUCGAGCACGAUCAACGAGCCGUACGACGUGCACGAGGACCGCGACUACGUCGAAGCCGAGGCGCUGGGACGAGGCCAGUUCGUCGUGGCGGCGUCGACGCCGAUAGCCCAGGACAAAAAGGGCAGCCUGGUGCUCAAUACGGGCUUUCAAUUCAAUUACGCGAUGCCGUGGAACUUGACCCAGUUGGGCCAUCCGACGCCGGUGGUGCACGCCCGUAACAGUCGACAAGUGCAGCGCCAGCCGGAGCGGUUGAAUUUGGAAAAUGUUUACCUCGCGUUGGAGAACGCACUCGAGGAGUGA